GGGGAGGGGGCUGGAUUCAGUAGAGGGCAAGGGGCACUCACAUCCCCGGCGCGCCACUCGCGGGGCUCCUUUCUGCACGUGCCCCGGGCCUCUCCCGCUCGCUCAACCUGUCUGCGGAGGGCGCGCUCUGGCGCACCCUGCUCCCGCGUUCGCUUCUUUGUUCCCGCCCACGCGAGGCCCAUUUUGACGGAUCCAGUUAGAGGCCUGACGGCGGCCAAUCGGCGCUGGCGCCUUCACCCUCCCCGCCCCGCCGAACCCGGCAAGAGCCGCCCCUUUUCCUGCCCACGUGGUCUCGGGCUCCUGCCCCGUCCUGCUCACGAGUUCAGGGCUCCUGGGCGGCCGCCUUUUCCAGUUCCAGGUGUGCAGAGGUGUCCUCUCCCCACGCGCGGCGGGCUGCACUUGGUCGCUGGCUCUGAGAUCGCACGGGGCCGCCGGAAGCCCAAGACGGUACUGGGGGCCGCAGCCGCAGCCGGCGCCGCCCUCCGCCCUCCCCAACAGCAGGCCGAGUCCCGUAGCAUCCGGUAGGGAAAUGGUCGUGCUUUCGGUCCCCGCCGAAGUCACCGUGAUCCUGUUAGAUAUCGAAGGUACCACAACCCCGAUUGCUUUCGUGAAGGACAUUUUAUUUCCUUACAUCGAAGAAAAUGUUAAAGAGUAUCUGCAGACACAUUGGGAAGAAGAGGAGUGCCAGCAGGAUGUCAGUCUUUUGAGGAAACAGGCUGAAGAGGACGCCCACCUGGAUGGGGCUGUUCCUAUCCCUGCAGCGUCUGGGAAUGGAGUGGAUGAUCUGCAACAGAUGAUCCAGGCCGUGGUAGAUAAUGUGUGCUGGCAGAUGUCCCUGGAUCGAAAGACCACUGCACUCAAACAGCUGCAGGGCCACAUGUGGAGGGCAGCAUUCACAGCUGGGCGCAUGAAAGCAGAGUUCUUUGCAGAUGUAGUUCCAGCAGUCAGGAAGUGGAGAGAGGCCGGAAUGAAGGUGUACAUCUAUUCCUCAGGGAGUGUGGAGGCACAGAAACUGUUAUUUGGGCAUUCUACGGAGGGAGAUAUUCUUGAGCUUGUUGAUGGUCACUUUGAUACCAAGAUUGGACACAAAGUAGAGAGUGAAAGUUACCGAAAGAUUGCAGACAGCAUUGGGUGCUCAACCAACAACAUUUUGUUUCUGACAGAUGUUACUCGAGAGGCCAGUGCUGCUGAGGAAGCAGAUGUGCACGUAGCUGUCGUGGUGAGACCAGGCAACGCAGGAUUAACAGAUGAUGAGAAGACUUACUACAGCCUCAUCACAUCCUUCAGUGAACUAUACCUGCCUUCCUCAACCUAGAGAAGGGUUGUUAAGGCAGACCGCACUGUUCCCCAGAGUUGUCCCUAUAGUGUCUAGGUUUAUUCUAAUGGUAAAAGUAACUUACUUAAAAAACAAAUGUACACAUAUGUACACAUAUGUAUGCAAGUAUGUAUAUAUGUGUAUGCUCAGAUUAACUUCCAUAGGUACAUAAGUGAAAGAAGUCUCAGUUCAGUGAACACAAAACUUAUUUAAAGAUGCUUUAUAUGUAGAAAUUGUUUCAAAUCAUACUCUAACCCUUAGUGAGGGCAAAGUGUAGUUGGUAGAAGAAAUUGCUAAAUACCUAUCUAAUGUGCUAUGUUUAUCAAAUCGUGUACUAAAAUGGAAAGCUAGUUUUGAGAAAUUAUUCAGAAGCCUUGUUAUUUUAAAAAUGAAAUAUUUCAAAGACUGAAUAUUUUCAAAGAAAAUGAAUAAUUCAUUGCCCUUGUUGUGAUUUAGAAGAUUAUAACAGCUGUAUUUCAUAUUUGCCUCCUUAUAUAUAUCAAAGACCAAGGUAUUUCCUUUUGCUUCAAAAGAGCAAAAUUGGGAAAGAAAACUCACUUGAGUCUUGAUCAAACAAGUGUCUUUUACUUAAGAAGAAACUUGGUAAUCAUUGUGGCACCCACAGCAAGCAGUCGCCUUACCAGUGAAAAAGGUGCACUGAGGUAACAUCUAAAACAGAGAUGUGGUUCUUAAUGUUUAACAGAACAGUUCUAAUCCUGCCACGUGUUAUCAUUAUAGAUUUUAUAGUUGCCUUUCUAACUACUUAGCACAGUUUGAGAAUAUGUUAAUUGCUAUUUACCAUUUAAAAAGUUUUACUGAAAUCAGUCCAUAACAUUAAGAUGAGCCCUAAUAUGUAAGAUUUUCCUCUGGAAUGGAUGUGAGAAAUGUAAAUUUUAUAACAGCAGUAUUUAUCCUGGUUUAAUUCUAAUAUGAUGUCCUGUUAAUUUCAUGUUGUGAUUAAUAAAAGCAUUUUUUCUUCA